AUUCCCCAUUCACACCGUUUGUUUUGUAAACAUCUCUUCGCAGAAAGAAACAUGUCAUGAAAAGGACAAACGGUUUUUAAAUACAAUUGCACCACCACCAAUUAAAUAUUUAAUGUUUUCCUGGUUAUUUAUUAGCGCAGCCAGAAUAAUUACAAAUUACGUAUGCAAUAGAAACCGUGCAAGUGCAGCCUAUCCAGGCUGACGAAAAAUCUUCAAAAAUCAUGAAUAUUCAAACAUUCAUUCUAUUCAUCAUCGUCGUCGUCUUCUGCUCCUCUCUUGACGUCGCCUAUUCUCUCAACGGGCUCAAGUCUGCCGAUCUCGACGAUGACCCAGAUUCUGAAAACUUUGAAAAGUACAACAAGGAGGAUGAGAGGGACGCUCAUAUCGUGACCCAUUCCAUCAAACGGCUCAUCGUUCGGCCCGAUUAUGAUAAGUAUCCAUACAUUGUCAAGAUAAAGACUGGCUCGAAUGAUGAGAUAGAUCGUGACAAUAAUGAAAUUCAGAUCCAAUACGUCAGUCCCAAGGCUUUCCCAAAAGACAAGCAGCACCAAGAACAGGGCGACGGAGGUCCAAUCGCGGAAGAAGUCAUGCUCAAAACGUCCUACAUUGACUUGAGUAAGGAUACCAUCGUCAUUCCGAUGGGGGAGCGAGGUCUCGGAUAUCCCACAAAGUCAAUGUAUGUAGUUCUCCGGAAAAGUUCCAACAAGUCGGUGCACUACAUGAAUUUAGCGUAUAUUCGCCACAAGUUGAAACAGUAUACCGUCGAGUGGUCAAUUCUGGACGCGUCCCUUUUUGGCAGGUCACGCAUUGACCAGGAAUUUUGUCGCGGAGGAACUUGUGACAUCUACCAUCACUUAAUCGGUAGCUGCCUUAUCUCCUCUCACAAGUGCGGCCAGCCCCUCCACGGACCCCCCGCCCUCAUCAACAAGUACACGUGGCAAACUGGCAGUGCUAGAAUUGGGAGAGGUGUCGAAUCUGACGAGAAUAACAAUAUGCGAUCGGUCACCUUGAAUUUGGGUCCGGGCGGGUCUUCUACCGAGCUGCGGUUAUCCCUGGCACCUCAACGCCACCAUAACCAAGAUGUUCACGACGGUGGCGGAGGGGAAGGAUGGGGUCACAAAAAACGUAAGGCGGAGGAUGCUGAAGAAGAUGGUAAGAAAGGCGACGAAGAGGAGGAACGCCACAUCCCAAACUCGAUUGAUUUGCUAAUGCUAAAACGGGAAGAGCCUUCAGCUUCUUCAUCUUCGUCCUCCACAAACGGAAAUGAAGCCGAGACGGAAGCCCAUUUUGAGAACGUUCUGGUCGGAACGCGCUCCAUCAAGUCGGCCAUGUUGGAUUGUAAUAAUUGUGAAAAGAUGGGUGAAUUCUUUAACGAUUAUGAAGAAGAGCCAGAAUUUUCUCGCCUUGUGGGAGAAACUGCGUCCACACUGCGAAACGAUGUCGACGCUGAUAUCGCUACCGAGAUAGAGAACGAGUUAUUCCUCAAGGAUAAUCCGCAAAUUCCCUAUGUCGGUUUUGGUCACUGCAAUUUGAGUGAUCUCACCGAGAAUCCGGCCAACUAUAGCAAGGAGAUUGAGGACAUUGGCAAGUUCUUUUUGACCAGUAUGCGUCUACAUUGUGACCAAAACUCGGAAAAUAGAGUCAGAUCCAUGUUCACUUCGAGGUUUAAACUGCUCGAGAUUCAAGAGGAUUUUUCAGUGGGAAUGGCCCAUGCGAGUCCGGUCCUACAAUAUAAGAUCUUGACCGUGGACGAAUUCAGGACCCUCAUGACAGGGGCAUUUAUGGCAAAAUACAUUCGGUUAUAUCGGGAAGAGUAUCUACGCUGGAAAACAGGUCAUCUUGAGGUGUCCCCUAUAGACGAAAACAUUUCGAGAAAUGUCCGAUUUUUUAGUAAACUCAUUCUCUCGUUGAUGGACUCAUUGUCCAAAAUCCUGUCCCAACACUUUGUCCGUGGACAUCGAUUUCUUCUCAGGCUCCUUAGGGACAAGUUCAACGUGGCCCUCAUCAAAGUAGCGAGUGACCAGGGAUCUUCACAACGGGAAAUUUGGAUAAACGAUCUCUACCGUUUCAUGGCCCUUAAGGAAUUUAUAUUGUACGGAAUGGGACCUCAAUCCAAGAGUGGAACCCCAAUCGAGCCAUCAUUCCACAGUUUCGUCACAGAGAAUGAAAAAAGAAUUAAACGGCUCGUUCAAGCGUAUGGUGUCCUUUAAUUUAUAAUUAAUGUAUUUCGUCAUGAUUUCGAUAUAAUUUCGAUUAUUGAUAUGAAAAAUUAUCAAAAAUAAAAAAAACUAAAUUUC